CACACACCAGCGCGCUGCUCGGACACCACACACCAGGACAAAACAUGUCCUUCCACAGGUCUGCAUCAGAGACGUGGAAUGGAGCUCCAGAGCGCCUGAGAGUCACUACAGCUGUGAGUGAAUCCUCAUCCAUUCACAGUGAGAAACUGCGCAGUGUCGCUCGGGACCUUUCAGAAAUCAGUCAGGACAAAGCAGGGAGUCGACACGAUGCUGCUGAACCGGUUAAGCCCCGCCCAUGUCCGCGAGGAGGCGUGUGCUUCGCUGAUGGUCGAAGGAGAGUCGAUUAUGUGCUCGUUUAUCACUGCAAGAGACGCUUUUCCAUUGUCACCAAUGGCCAACUGCCCCCCGAAGGUCCCGCCCCUCUUGACCCAGACACACAGACUGACCUGGCGGAGGUGGAGCUGGAGGUGGGCGUGGCUUCUGGGCCAGGUGAAGGAGAAAAAGCCCUUAUCCGGGAGGAGUUUGAGCAAGGGCUGCAGGAGCAGGGGCUGGAGAUCGAACGAGAUGUAGAGAUGAAGACAGUACGUUUCACACGUCUCCAUGUCCCCUGGUCUGUGCUGAGUCGUGAGGCGGAGCUUCUUAAGAUCAAAGUUCCUACCAAAAGAAUGUAUGAGCUGAAGGAGAAAACAGGACUUGCUGGAGUUCUGAAUUCACUGUGGGAGAAAAUAAAUCAGCCGUUUCAGCCUGGAGUCCCUGAAGCCCAGAAAAACCCCCACACACGAGUCCUGUCACUGCCAUUCAAUAGAGAGAAACUACACCUGUUCGACAUCAAGUUGAGGAACACACUCUUCGACACUGCAACACGAGGCAAAAUUGUGUAUGAGAUCCUCAGACGCACAACGUGUACUCGGUCGUGUCAGACGAUGGGAAUCACGUCGUUACUUGCUAAAGGUGUUUAUGACGCAGCAUUUCCUUUACACGAUGGAGACUUUAACUCUGACGUUAAAGAGCUUCGCAAUGACAGACAGUUGUUACAUGAUGAAUGGGCCAAUUAUGGAGUUUUCUUCAAAUAUCAGCCCGUCGAUCUCAUCAGGAGAUACUUUGGGGAGAAGAUCGGUCUGUACUUCGCCUGGUUAGGAGUUUACACCCAGCUGCUCAUUCCUGCCUCAGUGAUGGGGAUUGUAGUGUUUCUGUACGGCUGGAUGACCGUCGAAACCAACGUACCAAGUCAGGAGAUGUGUGAUAAGCGUCUGAACUUCACCAUGUGUCCUCUGUGUGAUGAAGUGUGUGAUUAUUGGCAGUUGAGCAGUAUGUGCAGCACAGCAAGGGCCAGCUACCUGUUUGAUAAUCACGCCACUGUCGCCUUCGCCAUCUUCAUGAGCCUCUGGGGGGCUGUGUUUCUGGAGCACUGGAAGAGGAGACAGCGAUGUCUGCAGCACAGUUGGGACCUCACCGGUGUCGAGGACGAGGAGGAUGAGCUGCGGCCGGCGUAUGAGGAUUUCCUUCUUCGGAAGCAAAAGAAAAAGAGCAAAAACCAAAUGAAAGACGAGUCAGGUGAGAGGACAAAUGACAUCGGUAGAGAACAGUUGAUAUCUGCAAAAGGAGGACAAUCUCUGUUUGCUUCAGAAUCUCUGACAUGGAGAGAUCGGUUGCCGGGAUACUGCAUCAACAUUUCCUCCAUCCUCCUAAUGGUAGUGGUCACACUAGCAGCAGUGUGUGGUGUCAUUCUGUACCGCAUCAUCGUUUUUGCCGUGAUGUCGAUGAACCCAGACCACGAGGCCAAGGCCAAUGUGCGGGUUACUGUGACAACCACAGCGGUCAUCAUCAACCUGCUGGUGGUUUUGGUGCUGGAUGAGAUCUACGGUGCCGUGGCAGCCUGGAUCACAGAGCUAGAGAUUCCGAAGACUGAGGCAGCGUUUGAGGAACACCUGAUUCUGAAGACCUUUCUGCUCAAGAGCAUGAACGCUUUUGCUCCUGUCUUCUACGUAGCUUUCUUCAAAGGCAGGUUUGCAGGUCGUCCUGGUGAUUAUGUGUACGUCUUCAAAGAUUUCCGUAUGGAGGAGUGUGCUCCAGCAGGUUGCCUGAUUGAAGUGUGUAUUCAGCUGGGUAUGAUCAUGUUAGGGAAGCAGCUCAUCCAGAACAAUGUGUUUGAGAUCGCCAUCCCAAAGCUAAAGAAGAUGUACCGUAAAUAUAAAGAGGAGAAAGAUGGAGGAGAGAAGAAGAAGGACAAGGAUCCGAAUCGGCCACGGCAUCGCUGGGACUUGGACUAUCAGCUGGAGCCGUACGAGGGUCUGAGUCCAGAGUAUAUGGAGAUGAUUAUCCAGUACGGGUUCGUUACACUCUUCGUGGCCUCUUUCCCGCUGGCUCCCGUCUUUGCUCUGCUCAAUAACGUCAUUGAGAUUCGACUCGAUGCUGCAAAAUUUGUAACUGAAAUCCGGCGGCCUGAUGCAGUCAGAGCAAAAGAGAUCGGAAUAUGGUACAACAUCCUGAGUGGCAUCAGCAAGUUUGCUGUAAUCACAAACGCAUUCGUUAUUUCCUUCACAUCAGAGUUCAUUCCGCGGAUGGUGUAUCGGUAUCUGUACAGUGAGACAGGAACCAUGCAUGGCUUUAUAGACCACACGCUGGCUUACUUCAACACCAGCAACUUCAAACCUGGCACUGCGCCCAACAGUACACGCUUCGACCGGGAGCUGCGUAUAUGCAGGUAUAAAGAUUAUAGAGAUCCCCCUUGGUCCUCUGAGUCAUAUCAGCUCUCUAAGCAGUACUGGUCUGUGCUCGCUGCUCGACUCGCCUUUGUCAUCUUUUUCCAGAACCUGGCAAUGUUCCUCAGUAUGUUGGUGGCAUGGUUGAUUCCAGAUGUUCCCCGCUCUUUGAAGGACGGCCUGAAGCGCGAAAAAGCCCUUUUGCUAGAUCUUCUUCUUAGUGAAGAGGUGGAAAAGCAGCGACGGCAAUCACAGCGUCCUGCCAAAAUCAACAUAACAAUCAACAACUCAGAGGAGACCACAGAGUUGGAGCCAGACUGUAGUAUUAUGCUGCAAAGCCAGACAACUGAGAAUGAGUUACAGACUGCAGACAAGGAGAAACUACCAAGAGAGGAACGUGAAUCGACCACCAGUGAGCCAGUUAGUCCUGGAAAAGACUCUCUUACAACAUCAGAUCCUCAAUUAAAUCAGUCAGUUCCUAAUAGUCCAGUAAAACUAGUAGCGACGUCCCACUACCAAGAGAUUAACCUAAAUGGACCUCCAUCUCGAGAUCUAUUAUCUAGGUCCAGGAGCCGCUGCCGAACACUUCCACCAAGACAUAGAGAAGACCAACCUGGAGACAGCUCAAGCAGAACCAGCCAUUCCACCAGCUUUGUACUUUUCAACCAGAACUUUCCUCAAGCAACCAGUGAGCUCUUUCAGAAUACUCCUACUGUAUGUUUACAACCUCAGGAUAAGAAUCUUUCCAGUAAAUCAUCUUCUAAUACAGAGCAUUUUAGCAGGCAGUUGUCUUUGCUGUCCUGCCAUCCCUUUAAAGCAGACCUCCAAUCAGAAGAACAGCCAUGCCCUCAAUCAACACAGCAAAUUACAAGCAACCAAAAAGCCUUGGCACAGUCAUCCUCCAAGCCAGAGCUUUCAGUCAGCCCAUCAACAGCAUUGCCACGACCUCCAUCCAGACCAGAACUAUCAGUUAGCCAAUCAGCUGUUCUACCAAGACCCAAAUCUAAACCUGAACUAAUGGAGAACAUUGCAAGAGGACUUCCACUUCAGGACCCAGCUACCAGAUCCAAGACCCGGUGUCAGACUCUUCCUCCCAGUCACAGAGGACCUGAUACAAACAGCUCACUCAGAACCACCCACUCCACCAGCUUCACAAAUUUCAUCAAAAAGUUGUCUCCAUUAUCGGGUGAUGUGACUCACAACACCUCUGUGUAAGCAAGAUUGGAUUGGACAUGUUCUGGUCCAGCCCCCUCCAGCAGCUCUCAACCAAUCACCUCUCUCAGUGCCAGGAAAGCUGAUUGGAUGUCACAUGUCUGAGUUUAACUGAGGAUCAUUUACACAACACAAUCAUCAUCACAAACCAGUAGUCAGUGGGUCUCAGUUGCUCUGCUGAAGUUGAGGUGUUAAAGCACUGAACUGUGGUGGAUUUUUUGGUGAUUCAUUGAAACCACCUGAUAUUAUUAAAAUCAGACCAAAUCAAACAUGUUCAGACUUUUUCCCUCGCUUUAUUUGAACUGAUGUACAAAACACUUGCAAGUCAAGCAUCAAGUCUCUGAGGAGCAAAGCAUUUGAUCUGAGCUGCAAGUUUGAGACAAGUCUCUGAGCCAUAAGUCUAAGUCAAGUCUCAAGUGUCUUCUCUGUAAGUUCAAGUCAAGUCUCAAGUCUCGUCUCUGUAAGUUCAAGUCAAGUCUCAAGUCUUUGAGCAGCAAAUCUGAGCCACAUUUUAAGAAUCUACGCUGCAAGUCCAAGCCAAGUUUAAGACUCUGAACUACAAAUCUUAGUCAGAUUAAAGGUUUUAAGCUAUAAAUUUCUCAAUUCUGUGAGCUGCAAGUCAGAGUCAAAGUCCCCAAGAUGCCUCUCAAGACGUUCACUGUGCAACUCAA